AUGGCCUCAGUCGUGUACAAUAUCGACCCCAACGGGGACCUUGUCGUCGUCCUCAAGGAUCCAAACACGUACUGGGUCGUCCCCGAAGUCUCGGUUCGUGAAAAUCCUGUGGGAUCUCAAGCUGGCCACCUCCUACGCGAUACCACUGACGUGGAUACUCCAAAGAUGCCAUCUGGACUUGGGGACUCUGUCGAAGCCCCCACAGAAGUACGGUUUCGGGUUUCUUCCCGGCACCUAACCUUGGCCUCGGUUGUCUUUGACAAAAUGCUCAACGGCCCUUGGAAGGAGUCCGCUUCUGUGAGCACUCGAUCGAGUCCGAAGGAUGGAUAUACUACGGCUCCUGAAGAUGACGUUCAAGAUUCUAAGGAUAUGGAUGAACCAGGUCCCCCUGUUGAUCCAUCUACGCCCAGCCCUCCCUUGAUCCGAGAAGUAUCAGCGGAAGGAUGGAACGCCCAAGCCUUACUCACGGUCUUGAAGGUCAUUCAUGGCCAGUGUUCUGGUAUCUCUCGCGACGUUAGUUUGACAUUCAUCGCUCAAGUUGCUAUCAUAGUCAACUAUUACCAAUGUGCAGAGUCGGUUUCCUUUGCGACUGAACUACUGUAUUACCCAAAGUACAAAAAACCAGAAGUAUACAACAAGAAGGCCAUUAUGUGGCUUUUCAUUGCUUGGUCAUUUUCCUGGCCCGCGGUAUUUCAGGAUACGGCUCAUCAAGUACUGCAACGUGGCCAAGGUCUGAGUUAUGUCACGACCCACGAUCUUGACGUCGAUGGUAUCCUUGAGCAACUCGAUAAGAAGAGGAAGAGCACCCUUGACCUCCUCCGCCAGGGACUAGAAGACAUCAAUGUCGGAGGGCAAACUGGGCUGUCACCACAAAUGCAGAUCGAUGAUGCUGGGGUCAUUGAUGCUGGAGAAAAGUUUCCAUCCUGA